AUGGCUAAGGUGCUGAAGGAGAUCCCUCUGGGGGACCUGCAUCCUAACGAGACGGUCCAGGCAUCCCAAGAGGCUCAGCUCCUGUCCCAGCUCCACCACCCAGCCAUCAUCACUUUCUACAGCAGCUUUCUGCAUAGAGACUCCUUCUGCAUUAUCACUGAGUACUGUGAGGACAGGGACUUGGACUGUCAUCUGGAGGAAGUGAGAGAAGCAGGGCAGAGCUUGCCUGAGACCCAGGUCACUGAUUGGCUGAUCCAGCUACUGCUUGGACUCCACUACAUCCAUAACAGGCGCAUCCUCCAUAGAGAUCUGAAGGCCAAAAAUAUCUUCCUGAAAAGGAACAUAGUUAAAAUCGGUGAUUUCGGGGUGUCCUGUCUGCUGAUGGGGUCAUGUGACCUGGCCACCACCUUCACGGGCACGCCUUACUACAUGAGCCCUGAAGUCCUGAACCACCACGGUUACGACUCCAAGUCUGAUAUCUGGGCUCUAGGCUGUAUCCUGUAUGAGAUGUGUUGCCUGUCACACGCCUUUGAAGGACACAACUUCUUGUCAGUUGUGAUGAAGAUAGUGGAGGGAGAAACCCCCAGACUGACAGCCAGUUACUCUCUGGAGCUCAACACACUCAUGCAAAGGAUGCUGGAGAAAACCCCGUCAUCCAGGCUCUCUGCUGCAGAAGCUCUGAAGACUAAAUUCAUUGAGGACAGUAUGCAGAUCUUAAAACACAAGUUCUGUAGUCUGACACUGAGAGACAAGACAUCGGCGGGAGAACGAGACGCAGCACAGAUAUUGAAAGCGGUGCAGAGAAAGGUGCACCUUCAGACACUGAGGGAGAAGUCCGAGCUAGACAGAAUGACCCCCAGGGAGAGAAUGAGGCUGAGGAAGCUGCAGGCUGCUGACGACAAGGCCAGGAGGCUUAGGAGACUUGCUGAGGAGAAAUACCAGGAAAACCACUUCCGAAUGCAGGAGCUGAGGAGCCGCCAUUUCGAGAAAGUCAGUUUGGACGUCUUGAAUGAGAGUGCAGGAGAUGCAGUCCACCAGACUGCACCAAUCACAGCUGAGGACUACCGGUCGCUGGGUUGCUCACAACCAAUGGGAAGGCAGCAGCAGGACAAGAUGCGAAUGUCUGAGCCAGUGGGGCGUGGGAACGUCGACGAGGCCCGGGGGGUCCCUCAGAUCUCCAAUGCCCCAGAUUCCCUCAUCUCGGCUGGGAUCAGAGACACCGAGAGCCCCUGGUGGCAUGAAACCUCUCCUACUCUGACAGACCAGCCAUAA